GGCUUGGGCAAGGCCCGGGCUGUGGUGGAGCAUCGACUGGCAAGCCCGGGACGUUGCGGCUGGAGUGGGGUGGUGGAGUCUGUGCUUCAUUCCGUCAGGCUGGAGCUUCAAUGCGCGUUCGCUUUCCUGCCUAGCUCUACAAGAGGAACGCAAGCUGGAAGGGAGCUUGCCAACUACACAACAACGACCACAACACUCGCCUGAAUAAGACAAUAUGGAAGUUCUACUCGGCAUCACAGGCAAGGACUUCACCUUGAUCGCUGCAUCCAAGGCCGCGAUGCGAGGGGCUACCAUCCUUAAGGCAUCCGACGACAAGACAAGGCAGUUGAACAAGCACACAUUGAUGGCCUUCUCUGGCGAGGCUGGCGACACAGUGCAAUUCGCCGAAUAUAUCCAAGCCAACUCCCAGCUUUACUCUAUGCGCAACGAGACCGACCUUUCGCCGUCAGCGCUGGCGCACUUUGUUCGCGGUGAACUUGCAUCGAGUCUGCGGUCGCGAAAGCCCUACAAUGUCAACCUUCUUCUCGGCGGCGUCGACCCCAUCACACACAAGCCCAGCUUGUACUGGCUGGACUAUCUCGCAUCAUUGGCGCCGGUGCCUUACGCAGCCCACGGCUAUGCCCAAUACUACUGCCUCUCGAUUCUUGACAAACAUCACCACCCCGACAUAACUCUCGAGCAGGGCCUGAAGCUCCUUGACCUCUGCACGGACGAGCUCAAGAGAAGGUUACCAAUAGACUUCAAGGGUAUGGUGGUCAAGGUGGUGACUAAGGACGGGAUUGAAGAAAAACCGUUUGACGACGACAAGGUGGUCAAGAGCGCUUGAGUUAAAGGGUGCGAGGAGUCCCACAAGGGUUAAACUGUGUAUAAUACCUAUUCAGGCGAUUUGUGCACUCAAUGAGAUGAUGGGUUUCUUUCAGGUAUCACAUUCUCCUUUGAGCCCGGUCAUACCCCUAAACCCCUUUGUGCCUCAGUUUCAGUUCCUGAACUGUUACACCAACACAACUCGAGGUCGAUCAUACUCUGUUGCUCCAGUUGGAACCCUACGG